CAAGCCGCGGCGCCCCGGCGCCACGGGUGCCCGGCCGGCACCCUCUGCGGCGAUGGCGGCGGCCGUGAUGGGGCCGCGCGACGUGCUGGGCAGCUCGUCGUGGCCGCCGCUGGGAGGCAGCGCAGCCGACGCGCUGCCACCAGCGGCUGCGGAGGGCGCAGCAGACGCGGGGCAGGCGCGGCACGGCACCAUUGCUGCUGGGACGACCAUGGCCGCCGCGGCCUGCGCGGCGGCCGCGGCCGCCGAGGUGGCAGGGGCGGUUCCGACCGGAAGGGCGGUGGCAAAGGUGGCCGCGGCAAGGACAGCUGGACCGAGGUCGUGCCGGGGCUCCCUGUGGACGAGCUGGCAGGCGAGUGGCUGGACUCCCUGGGGCACACCGUGGCGGUCGAGCAAGGCG